AAAUCUUCACUGUGUUACCGAAUUACAACUUUGAAACGAUUACUGAAUGGGUUAUUUUUUCUCUGUCCCCCUAAACCCCAUCCAUUGAAAGUCACAUCACGUUCCCUGUCCAAUGACCUACAAUGGCACCCUGGGGCGGUUAAAAGGCAUUCCAUGUUCCUCUCAUUACACAAAACAAGAAGAAGAAAAAGGGGCUAAGAAGAGUAUCAGUAAUGCCCGAAAAAGGAGUUGUACGAGACCAAGACGGGAGGACUUUUGUGUAGGCCUAGAUCAGUUCAUGAGUGGUCAGCAAUGAUGAUAGUUCGGGAGUUUCUUGUGAUAGUUAUUGCUGUGGUGACAAUGGCUCAACCACGAGCUGGUGAUGAGUGUCAAGUGACACCAGUUAUUCAUGUUCUCCAAUAUCCUGGAUGUGUACCAAAGCCCAUACCAUCAUUUGCCUGUAUCGGACGCUGUGCUAGCUAUUUGCAGGUGUCCGGAAGUAAAAUUUGGCAAAUGGAACGGUCGUGUAUGUGCUGUCAGGAAUCGGGAGAACGUGAAGCUGCUGUAUCACUAUUUUGUCCAAAAGCCAAACCAGGAGAACGAAAAUUCAGAAAGGUUUCAACUAAAGCUCCUUUGGAAUGCAUGUGUAGACCCUGCACAGGUGUCGAAGAGAGUUCAAUUGUGCCCCAGGAGAUAGCCGGAUAUGCCGAUGAGGGACCCCUAUCAGCACAUUUCCGGAAAUCACAGUAAAAACUCCAUCAAAACCAAAAGAAAAAAUAUCAUCGAUGUGUCGUGACAUCAAAAAUUACCAAAAAAAUAAAAGAAAUUUAAAAAAAAACAAAAAGCUACUAUUUAUUGCAUAAU